GGCGGGCGCCGGGGCCAAUCUGCCUUGGGCUCGGCGGGCCGCCAUGCCAGGACCCGGGGCUCUCGCCCCAGGCUCGCCGCCUGCCUCCUCUUGCCGCUGGAAGCUGCACAUCGUUCGCCAGCUGCAGCAGCGGGACCGCAGGCAGAAGGCUCUGUUCUUGGACCUGGUGGAGGCUUAUCACAGACUCUUGGAGAAAUCAGACCUGUUGGCCCAUUUCACAGAAAAGCUGCCACCUGAGCCUUCCAAUGAACUUGUUCACCUCCCUUCAUGGGAGGAGGAGGAGGAGGAGGAAGCAGGGCCAAUUCCAGAUCCUGCCCAGUCACCCGAGGAUCUCAGGAGGAAAUGGGAGGAAGAAGUGGCUAAGAUCAAGUUGGUCUGUGGGGAGAUGGCAUACCAAGUUGUGGAGAAGAAUACGACCCUGAGCUCCCAGGAUGCUAUGCUGGCAGAUCAGCGGGGCAGGCUGUCAGUUCUGGAUGCCAGGGUGCAUGAAUUGGAAGAGACGCGUCAGUGGCUGGCAAAGCAGGUGGCUGGGCAGCAGGACAGGAUCACAGAGGGGAAAGAGGCCUAUGACACACUGUGGGCCCACACUGGCCACCAGGAAGGGGCCUUGAGACAGCUGGAGGAGGAAGGCCGUGAGCUAGUGGAGCAGCUGAUCCGAGUCAAGAUGCAAGCUGCCGAGGACCAGAAUUACCGCAAUGAGCGGAUUGAGAGGGUCAAGCAAGCCAGGGUUUCCAAGGAGCUGAAGAAGGCCAUGAGGAGGACAGUCAACAUCUCUGAGACCCUGGACCCUCCCAGCAUUGCUGAGCCCCGUGCUGAUAAGCAGGAGCUCUUAGAGGUAGAAGCCUGUGGGAAACAGUGGAAACGCCCCUUCAGGUCGGCCUCUGCCACGUCCAUGACCCUGGCUCGCUGUGUGGAUGUUAUGAAGGGGCUACUGGAUUUUAGGAAAAGAAGGGGUCACUCCGUGAGUGGGGCCCCUGAAACCCGAUAUCCAAGCAUUCCUGUCUGUGGGGUCUCCUGUCUCCCAGCCAGAGCCCAGGAUAUCCAGGAGGCCCACCAUUCUGAGGUCAAUGCUGUCUGCUUCAGUUCCAGCAGCAGCCUCCUGGCCACAGGCGGGGCUGACCGGCUCAUCCGUCUCUGGAAUGUGGUUGGAGGCCGCCUGGAAGCUGAGCAGAUGUUGGAAGGGGCCGGAGGCAGCGUGACUAGCCUUGAGUUUGAACCAUCGGGCUGCUAUUUGCUGGCAGCGACUUACAACAAAGCUGCCCAGCUCUGGAAGGUGGGCGAGAGCCAAUCCAAGGAAACAUUGUCUGGACACACAGACAAAGUGACUGCGGCCAAAUUCAAGCCGACCCGGCAGCAGGCAGUGACUGGGAGCCGGGACCGGACUGUGAAAGAGUGGGACCUCAACAAGGCAUCCUGCUCGAGAACUAUCGACGGUUUCUCCUACUGCAACGACGUGGUAUGCGGAGACCACCUCAUUAUUAGUGGUCACAAUGACCAGAAGAUUCGUUUCUGGGACAGCAGGGUCCCACGAUGCAUACAGGUGAUUCCUGUGGAGGGAAAGGUCACCUCUCUCAACAUCAGCAAUGACCAGAUGCACCUCCUCAGCUGCUCCCGGGAUGAUGCCCUUAAAGUCAUUGACCUUCGGGUCAACAACAUCCGCCAGGUCUUCAGGGCUGACGGCUUCAAGUGUGGUUCAGACUGGACCAAAGCUGUGUUCAGCCCAGAUAAAAGCUAUGCCCUUGCUGGUUCUGCCGAUGGUGGCCUCUACAUCUGGAACUUGGAGAGUGGCAAGCUGGAGACCAGCCUCUAUGGGCCCCACAGUGUCUCCAUCAAUGCAGUAGCCUGGUGCUAUGCUGGAACACAUGUCGUAAGUGUGGAUCAGGGGAAGAAGGCUGUGCUUUGGAGUUAGCCCAGCCCUGCCAACCCCUGGAGCUGGGACCCCCUUCCUCUGCCUCUGCCUCUGCCUCUCCUCCCUCAUGGUACUGGAUAAAGCUCUGGCUGGUUCCAGAGACUGAGGUACCAGGGAGGUGUACCAAGAACAGAGCUGGGGGAAGCUUUGUGGGGUCUGGAGGGAAAGGACUGUGUCCUGUCUUAAGUAAUCCAUCUUUGUGAACAUUCAAAGGGAAAGGGGUGGGCUUUUUUCUGCAUUAAAUUUAAAUUUUUUUUUUCU